GUUUACCAGAACUGCACGUUUGUGUGUGAAGAAGAUCAAGAAUCCUACCUGAACAACAUGGAGAAAUGCGUUCUUCAAGGACGUUCUCAAGUCACCAUUCCAACUUCGUCACAAACAAUGUCGGCUGCCUUUGCUACGGGAGUCUGCAAAGAGGGACAGUGCGUAUCCAAAGAUGCGGUUCUACCUCCAAACCAGGGAGGGCCAAAACCACCCCGAAGAAGUCGUGAAUGUCAAGCUUGGAGGAAUCGGCGUGUGAAUUACUGGUAUCGGAAAUGUACGUUUUCUUGCGAGGGUGAUGAAAUGGUGUACUUAAAGGGAGGUGAAAAGUGCAUGCUUCCCAAGGGGCAGACUUCGAAUUCUGCAAAGAAGGAUAGACGCACUCGAAGAAAAGGAAUCUGCAAAAAUGGAAUAUGUGUUCUUAGAAACAAGAAAGUGCCACCGCAUAAAGCUUCCUAAUGACCAAGUUAAAGCAUCUGUUCUCGCUUCCUCUCAGCAAGAGCUGCCUACAAGUGUCUGCGUACUGGGAAAGUGUUUUGCUAACCAUACAACGAAAAUGAUUCGAUAGGAUACAUAGAAGAAAAUAUGUGGCUUUCUACCUUUCAUGUAAUAAAUAAUUUGUAGCCUGUCUACAA